CAGCUUUGUUUUUACAAACAUGCAAUUUUAAGCACGACAACAACCUCAAUUGAAUUUUAGUCUCUUCUUCAAUCAGAAUCCGACAAGCAAGAAGAAGAAAAUAGCAAAGGCGAAUCAAGCAGUGCUCAUAUAAAAACUAGGAUACAUAAAUUUUAGGUGAUGGCAAAACCUCAUGAACUCAAACCAUUCUAUGCAACACUUCUUGACACAUGUUCUUCCACAAAACACUUAAAAAACCUCAAAACAAUUCACGCACGCACAAUCAAAUUUAACAUUUCACACAAUGAUUUCAUUAGAACCAAACUUGUUUCUUCUUAUGCUUCAUGUGCUCAAUUACACCAAGCAAAUAUCAUUUUUUCAUUCACAAAUCGCAAACCCACUUUUCUAUUCAAUUCUCUUAUUAGAGCUUAUGCAUCUCUCAAUAUGUUCUCUCAUUCUUUAUCACUCUUUAGGCAAAUGAGUUUUUGUUAUAAGCCUUUUGAUUGUCAUACAUUGCCUGUGGUGUUAAAAUCUUGUGCCUCGUUAUCGGCUUUAAGGCUUGGGCAACAGGUUCAUGGAGCUGUUUUGGUAAAUGGGUUUGGAUUCAAUUUGAGAAAUUUGAAUGCUUUGAUACAUAUGUAUGCUAAAUGUGGGUGUUUAGUUUUUGCACGUAAAGUGUUUGAUGGAAUGUGUGAAAGGAAUGAGAUUACUUGGUCAACAAUGAUUGGGGGUUAUGGAAUGCAUGGUAGGUUUGAAGAAGUUUUUCAGAUGUUUAAUAGAAUGAUGGAAGUAGGAGAGAGGCCGGAUGGUGUGACUUUUACGGUUGUUUUGACUGCGUGUAGUCAUGGUGGUUUUGUAGAGAAAGGGAGGGAAAUUUUUGAGAUGAUGAAGGUGAGGUUCGGGGUGAAACCGGAGCUGAGGCAUUAUACAUGUAUGGUGGAUAUGUUGGGGAGGGUUGGUUUGGUGGAAGAAGCAGAGAAGUUGAUUUUGAAAAUGGAUGUUGAGCCUGAUGAAGCUGUGUGGGGUGCCCUAUUGGGGGCUUGUAAAACUCAUGGGAAGGUUGAUGUGGCUGAGAGAGUUGAAGAGAGGGUUAAUUGGACAGAACUGACUGUUGUUGCAUCCUCAAUUUGAAAUUGAUAUAUAUUUUCUCAUAACAAGACAUGGUUCUUCAUUCUUUUAUAUCACUACUAGUAAUCUUAGUAUAUGGGACCUAUCCCAUCAAGGGUGCUAGAAAACCAGUUGGUAUAAGGUUCAAUUUUCCUCUAAAUGUAAAUGAGAUUUUGGUGUAUAACAUUUUUCUUUCACAAUUGUAUCAUUUAUUUAAAUUAUUUAAUUUAUAAUUUUUGGAUAUUGCAUAUCGCUUCUGCUGUUUCGUUCUCUUUUAAUUAUGUGUGCAGGAUUUCAUCGGCUAGCCUAUAUUGUCGGAUUAGUUUGUCAGAAGCAGAGCUGUUUGUGAGCAAACGUCUUGUCUUAAUACCCUGUUUUGGUUGCAUCUCAUAAGGUUAUUGCCCGGCUGUCUUGGGACGGAAGUGAUUUUGCUUCUGAAGCCUGAGCUUUAUUAAGUGGCUUGACGCGAGAUCCUAAGACACGAUAUUGUUGACAAGUUUUCUGCUAACUGUGUUGUUGCUGCGUUGAGCUUUUGUGUGGCUUAUUAGCUUGGUUGCCUGGCUGUAUUGUUUUCUAAACCCUGCUGGCAGUGCUUUCUUUUAGUUUGGGCCUUUUGUAUUGGUCAGAUGUAGGUACUGGUUGUAUUGGCUGCCAUUUGAGUAAUGCUUUUGAUCAUUGCUGCAAGGGAGGUAUAUAACUCUAUGUAAUGAAUUCUUUGUAUCAGACAUCUUUUGGUGUUGUGAAUUAGCACACCUUGUGCCUAAUUCACCCUUUAAUAC